UGGACGGGUGCGGGUCAAACCCAUAACCUGAAAAUUAGAUAAAAUCCAAACCGCACCCUACCCUAAUGUGUUUGCGAAACCGUCCAUACAUGCGCGGUUCGAAUCGGGGUAGGACGGUUUGGGCGGGUCGGAUGACCCUAUGUCCUGCUCUAUUUAGAGCAAUCCUUUAACUUGGUUAAGAAAAAUUAUGUUACAGAUGAUAGUUUUUUUUUAAUUAAUUUGAUGAUUGUGAGAUAAAAAUUACAUUAAUUAUGGAAUAGAUAUGAUAUUUUGUCUUAUUAACUAUUUUAAUCUAUUUUAUAUUUAGUGACUAUUUUAACUAAAUAAUCUUCAGCCGAACAAAACUAUAAUAUUGUUAUUUUUUUUAAUUAUAAAUAAAAAAAUAAACAAGAAAUUAAAGUAAUGAAUAAUGUGCAAUGUAUCUACCUAAUCUACACGAGGACCACGAUCCAUUCUUAUAAGUAAGUUUUAGGAAUUGUUUGAAAUGACCUAAAUAAGUAUAUUUUUUAUCUUUUUAUGAAAAGAUAUGUAAAAAAGUAAAAAAAAAAUGUGAUGAGAAAAAGAUAAAAAGUUAAAUUAUUUUGUAUAUGUCAAACUUUUCUAUAUAAUCUCCAAUUCUUUUAGAUAAUCUUUGUAGAAACAUAACUUCAAAACCCAAUUAAGUAGAAGAAAAGAUUAGAGGAGUGGAGGUGACCAAAGCCAUGGAGAAGGAGAUUAAGGUUGAGAUCAUUGCUAGAGAAACCAUCAAGCCAUCUUCUCCCACUCCUCAUCACGUCAGAAACUACAAGCUCUCACUUAGAGAUCAGUACUGUACACUUCAUUACACACCAGUGGCUUUCUACUACUCCACUCCCACUAUUAUCGGUGGUUGUGAAUCUGAAGAGAUGGUGGGUCUAAUAUCGGAACGCUUGAAGGUUUCCCUCUCUGAAACCCUCACUCGCUUCUACCCACUUGCGGGAAGAUUGAGAGACAACCUCUUAGUUGAUUGCAACGAUGAUGGUGUUGAUUUUGUUGAAGCUCGAGUCAUCAACUUCCAUCUUUCAAACUUUCUUGAUCGACCCAAACUUAAAGUCAUCGACCAUUUGGCUCUACCCGAACCCACAGAUUACUACAAGACCCCUCUUUUACUCGUUCAAGUUAACUUUUUUCCAUGCAACGGAGUUGUGGUUACUGUGAAAAUGUCCCACAAAAUUGCUGAUGGAUUCUCCAUUGGCAUAUUUAUGAAGGGUUGGUCAGACAUCGCUCUUGGAUCUCCUGACGCCAUAGUCCCAGAUUUUAAUGCUGCCUCCUCUCGCUUCCCUCCAAGAGACGAUAUCCCUGUAAUUUCUCUUACCUUCAAGAACAUAACCCAAAAGGUUGUUAAAAAGAGGUUUGUCAUCGAUGCCUUAAAAAUCGCUUCCCUCAAGGCCAAAACAGAAAGCGAGAGCUUGCAGAAACCCACACGCGUCGAGGUUAUUACAGCACUUGUUUGGAAAUGCGCGGUGGCUGCAUCAAGGUCAAGAUUUGGGGGGUCUCAAAGGCCUUAUGCAUUGGUGGGAGGCGUGAAUAUGCGGUCAAGGCUUGUUCCACCCAUGCCAAAAGGGAAAAGCCGUUAUGGCUGUUACGGCACCAUUACGACCGCUACGGCAGCCGCUACAGCCGACACACCUGUGAAUCUCAAUCACACUGCAAAAGCGGCCGUAACGGGUGGCGAUAACUGCCAAAACCGUUACGUAACGGCGUUACGUAACGGUUGCGGCCGCUUUUUAGAACCUUGGUUGUGGGCAAUGCUUGACAACGAUGAUCACGACUACGAGAGUCCAGCAACAAACCUGGCCAACUUGGUGUGUCAGUUGAGGAAAGGGUCUCAAGAGUCAAACGAUGACACUAAGACAAAAGAGAUUGCAUCUUUGAGGCAGGUUAAGGGAGAUGAUAUGGAGAUGUAUGCGCAUAGCAGUUGGUGUCGGUUUCCUAUAUAUGAAACUGAUUUUGGAUGGGGGAAGCCGACAUGGGUGAGUCCAGCCGAUGAGGGUGGACCAGUUGGAAUUGCACUACUGGAUGCAAGAGAUGGUGAAGGAGUUGAGAUUUGGGUGAAUUUGUUUGAAGAGGACAUGGCUUUAUUUGAAGCUGAUCAAGAGUUGUUGGCUUAUGCCUCUCCCAACCCAAGUGCUCUGUUAAACAACUAGUCUAUUAUAUUACUUUCUAUAUAUUUCUUAAUUUAUAUUUAAUGUCUUUUUAUAUUAUUUUUAUUGUAUUAUUUCGUGUGUUAGUAUUAUACUCAAACAUAAGAUAGUACUAUAUAAGAGUUAAAGUCUUCAAGUUUCUAGGUUAUGGUAAUGUUGGUCCAUUGUAUUUCUUUUUAUUAUAUUUCCAAGUUUAUACUUUAAGAUAGGCAUAAAAGUC